CUGAGAUAACCCCUGACUCAGGUGAGUUGUACCCAUUUAGCCCCAACUCGGAUCUGCGUUGGCGGAGUCAAUUCAAGUAGCCGAGUAUUUUGACCAUCUUCCAGACUGGCUAUAGAAGUGGUCAUAAGCUUUCAGUAUUCACCACUGAACAUUUGGCUGUUUGGUUGGGUAAUCAGGCCCAUUGGAUUAUUUUUCCUUAACUCAUCAGUCAUAGGCGCCAUUCAAUCACCUUCCAUUGAAGGCGAAUUGCAAGCUCGUUACUCAUUCGAUGAUGGAAAGCAAAUCCGGCAAACUGCUCAUUCUUCUUGGCUUCUUCAUAUUCUACUGCCUCUGCAUUCGAUUUUCCAACGCGACGGAUACCAUCACACUAGACCGACCGCUUCCUGACGGGAAGACCUUGAUUUCUGCUGGUGAGGUUUUCGAGCUGGGCUUCUUCCGUCCCGGAAAGUCCAAGAAUCGUUAUGUGGGAAUAUGGUACAAGAAAGUCACAAAACAAACGGUUGUAUGGGUUGCCAAUAGGAGAGCCCCGCUCUCGCAUUCAUCUGGUGUCCUUACAAUCAACAGCAACAAUGGGAAUCUGAUGAUCUUGGAUGAGAUUGGAAGCAACUUCAUGGUGUCAUUUGAUUCUGCUACCAAUCAAACAAGUGCUCGGCUCUUGGAUUCCGGAAACCUUGUACUGAUGAGUGAUGAAGGCCGGGUCAUAUGGCAAAGCUUUGAUUAUCCUACCGAUACGUAUCUCCCUGGCAUGAAACUGGGGUUGAAUAGAAAGAGUGGGCAAAACAGCUGGUUCCUCUCUUCAUGGACAAGUGAAGAUGACCCCGCUCCUGGGGACUACACUUUGGGAAUGGAUAUCAAUGGAUCGGCCCAGUUUUUUAUACGGAGAGGACGACAAAACUACUGGACUAGUGGCACUUGGAACGGGCAGAUUUUCAGCCUGAUUCCUGAAAUGAGAAGAAGUUAUGUCUUCAAUUACAGCUACAUAUCGAAUGAGGAUGAGACAUAUUUUAUUUAUUCACUUUAUAAUAAUUAUAAUAUAAUUUCAAGAUUGGUGAUGGACGUGUCUGGGCAAAUCAAGCAAAUGACAUGGCUGGAGAGCAGCCAAAAUUGGAAUUUAUUUUGGACUCAACCAAGAGCGGAAUGUGACGUUUAUGCUCCUUGUGGGGCUUAUGGUAUCUGCAAAGAGGGUAUGCGAGACUCUCCUUGCACGUGCUUGCACGGAUUUGAGCCUUACUCUCAAAGAGAUUGGGAUUCAGGUGAUAGAUCAAAGGGGUGCGUGAGGCGAACAGAACUGACUUGUGGGAAUCAAGUUAGGUUCUUGCGGUUGAGUGGCAUGGCUUUUUCUAGUAACCCUCAAGUUCUAAGGAAUUCGAGUCUCAGCCCAGAAGAUUGCGAAUUUGAGUGCAGGAGAAACUGCUUUUGUAUUGCUUAUGAUAACGGAGCCGGAUGUUCCUUGUGGGAUGGAGAGUUGAUAAAUAUUCAUGAGACGACCUUCGGCAAUGUCCCUGAUGUUUAUGUUCGUCUCUCUGCUUCAGAGCUUGUCAUGAACUAUGCAAUGGAUAUUUUGAUUCAUCAAGUGAAGCAACUGUUUUGCUAUCAACCAGGGAAACAAGAAAGAAGCCAAGAAGUAUUAUUGCGUGAGUUAGGAGAUAAUGGGUCAGAUGACAGGGAAUUCAUCAAUGCAAAUAGGCUCAGAGAAGAUGGAAGGAAGGGUCUGGAGUUGCCACUAUACAGUUUUGCCAGUAUAGUAGCUGCUACCGAUAACUUCUCUCCAACAAAUAAGCUUGGGCAGGGUGGUUUUGGCCCUGUUUAUAAGGGUAGGUUGCACGAGGAACAAGAAAUCGCAGUGAAAAGGCUCUCAAGAAGUUCUGGGCAAGGGCUAGGAGAGUUCAAAAAUGAGAUUAUACUUAUUGCCAAACUCCAACACAUGAAUCUUGUUAGGCUUUUGGGUUGCUGCAUUGAAGGAGAAGAAAAGAUACUGCUCUAUGAGUACAUGCCCAACAAAAGCCUUGACUUCCUCCUCUUUGAUCCAACCCAGGGAAAACUUUUAGAUUGGGGAAAACGCAUCCACAUCAUUGAUGGAAUUGCUCAAGGGCUUCUCUAUCUUCACAAGUACUCCAGAUUGAGAGUUAUUCACAGAGAUCUUAAAGCCAGUAACAUUCUCUUGGAUGGUGAGAUGAACCCCAAGAUAUCAGAUUUUGGCAUGGCGAGAAUUUUCGGGCGAAAUGAAUCAGAGGCAAAUACGAAUAGGAUUGUUGGAACUUAUGGUUAUAUGUCUCCCGAAUAUGCAAUGGAGGGCCUUUUCUCGGAGAAAUCUGACGUCUUUAGCUUCGGAGUCUUACUUCUAGAGAUUGUCAGUGGCAAGAAGAAUACCAGCUUUUAUCAUUCUGAUAGGUCUCUAAACCUUCUCGGAUAUGCAUGGGAAUUGUGGAAGGAUGGUAGGGUCUCGGAGUUGAUGGACCCAAUGUUAGGUGAUUCAACAUCUACUGGCUGUGAUAUUUUGAGAUUCAUCCAAAUGGGACUCUUAUGUGUGCAGGAAAGUGCGAGGGAUAGACCCACCAUGUUGGACAUUGUUUCUAUGCUUAGUAACGAAAUGGCAACAUUGGCUAAUCCAAAACGACCAGCAUUCUUUCUAGGAAGAAGGGGGCUUGAGGAGAAUUCAUCUAAAAACAGAACAGAGAAUUGUUCCAAUAAUGAUGUAACUAUUUCUGUGAUAGAAGCUAGAUAGACAUUCCCACUUUAGAACAGAGUAUUGCAUAUUUUUCCAAUUAACGGAACUUUUAGUUGGUUGAAGUUCAAAUAAUUCUUACCAUUUUAUAUCAGUCAGAUUAAAUGAUUAUGUUGUAUCCUCCCAUAUGAGACAUUGUGUAGUAUGGGUAAGAUUGUGGGAUUUAUUCUCUUAACUACCUUA